ACCCAUCCCUGUUCAUGUAACAUAACAAUUUAUAUAAAUAUAUACGGAAAGACGGACAGUUUUAACAAAAAAUAUUUCAUCCGUCUAUUGUGCCAGUAAAUACUGGCACUAGACGGACAAUUUAUAUUAUCCGUCUAGAUUAUUAAGUGCAAAUAAAACAAUUUGAGCAAGAAAUUGAAAUAGAAGUAAAAAUGGAAGUUGUUGAUACUCGUAAAACAAGCGCAAACAAAACGCAACAAGGUAAUUUAAAAUUGUUUGCUUGUCCUAUUUGUGUUGAACGUUUUACAAGUGAAAAGCAAUAUUAUGGUCACCUGAGGAUUCAUACGGGAGAAGUUUUAUUGUCCUGUGAACAAUGUCCUGAGUCUGAUAUCAAAUUUGAUUCUCAGGGAAAGUUGCAAAUGCACGAAAAUUUAUGUCACAAUAUUGUCAGACCUUUUAAAUGUCAUGAAUGUGGAUUAUUGUUCGAUCGAGCUUCUCAAUUAGAAUAUCAUCAACGAAGUGUCCAUCUUGGUGAAAAAUCUCAUAUAUGUCAAAUAUGCGAAAAAGGAUUUUUUCGAAAGACAGAUUUACGAACUCAUUUAAAUAUACAUCUUGGUACGAAUGUUAGCAUGUGUGAAAUUUGUGGAAGAAAAUUUAAUCAUGUGUCAAAUUUAAUAAGACAUAGCAGAACACAUGCUGGAAUUAAACCUUAUCCUUGCACUGUUUGUGGAAAGCGAUUUACUCAAAUAAGUUCCUUAGCGAGACACAAAAGAAUUCAUGAACGUGUACAAAAAGGAAAAAAUGUUAAUUCUCAAGAAAUAAUUAAUACCAAUGAUUAUAAUAUAAAGGAUCAUGUUUUGGAAGUAAAAGAGAUUACUAAAGAUGUUGGAACUAGUGAACGAAAAGUAAUAAAACGUCGUCACUAUUGUAAAAUUUGUGGAGAAAGUUUUCAAUUUGCUGUUUUAUUAAGAAAACACGAAAAAGAACAUCUCAAUAGUGCUAAUAUUUUUGAAUGUAAAAGUUGUCACAAGAAAUUUCAAAAUCCAGAAGACAUUAAAGAACAUAGUUGUAGACAAGAAGCAUUUACAUGGACAGCUGAUGAUAAUACAUCAACAUCUGAAAAUAUAUCUAAACAUGUUUCUCAACAUAUCGAUAAUGUGGAUGUUGAAUGUCAUUCAAUAUUUUCCAAAGAUUUAUUACCAGAAGUUAGUGCAAAUGAACAAAGUGCAGAAACUGUUCUUUAUUUUAAAGCAAAACAGAUGACUAAUAUUAAUUUGGAUGAAUUUGAGGAAGCAUCUUCACAUUUUUUUAGAGAUAAUGUAAUGGAAUUGGCAAAUAUUUCUGAUUUACUUAGUAUUUGUAAUAAUGAAAAUGACGAUUUAGAAAAGGAGGUCAAUCAUCUCAAUACUUACACUGGUGUUAAUGAUAUAUUACCCGAUGUCCCAAGAUUAUUAGAGACUGAAAUUUCAUCAGAAGAUCAAGUUGAUAUGAGAAAUUUUAUUUCAAGAAAGCAAUCAUCCAAAGAAAAUAUAAAAUAUAGACAAGACAAUAAUUUUAAAGAAAAUUUAUUAGAAUUUGAGGAAAAUAAUACAAAUCAAUAUUUUUUAAAUACAGAAUCACAAGAUUCAACUACUGAUCUGGAAUUAGAGUCUGUUGAUCCUAAAGAAAUUCUCACAGACAAUGAACCAACACUUCGUCUUGUACAAAUUGAAACAGGUGAACAAUUUUAUGAAUUGGUAAUGGAUAAUAUUACCGAUAAGACACAAUUUCAAGACCUCACACAAUUAGAAAAUGUAGAAGAGACUGGUAAUGAGUCUGUUGACAAUUUACAGAGUUUUGAAUUUUUUCGAACAGAAGCUCAAACAAAUUUUGAAGUUUACACUGAAGGUGUAUUUGAAGAUUUUGAUAGAAGAAAUUAUGAAACAUGCGCAAAAGAAUUUUUAGAAUUAGUACAAUCGGAAAAACAAAAAGAAGGAGAAACAAUAUGUCACGCUGAGAAUGGCGAUCAAUUUUUAGAUUUAAUUGAAAAUCAAAAUUUUUCUGAAAUUACUAAUAAAGAAAAAGAAAUUGAUUCAGAUAUUCCACUAAGAGAUGAUUCAUCUUCAAUUGUCAAAGUAGUAGAAGAAUUUGAGACUAAUUAUUCUAUUUCACAGACUGCUGAUCCAAAAGAGAUUAUAAAACCACUAAAUAAAAAUGAUUCGUCAUCAACAAAAGAAAAGAAUAAUAAAGAAUUUCAUUGUUAUGUUUGUGAAAAAACAUUAUCAUCUAAAUAUAAUUUUACACAGCACAUGGGAAUUCAUUAUGCAAAUCAUCAACGUUUUCAUUGUAAAGAAUGUGACAUAUCAUUCGCAUGGAAAUCAACAUUAAAUAAACACAAUGAUAGUAUUCAUAGACCAGAAGGACGUCAAUCAUAUGUUUGUAAUAUAUGUCCAAAAGUUUAUAAUAAUCUUUCACAAGUAAAUGAACACAUCAAACGAGAUCAUUUGAAGGAAAGGAAACAUAUUUGUCCUCUAUGUGGGAAAUCUUUUUUUAAAAAAUUCGAUUUAAAAUCACACUUUAGGACCCAUACAAACGAAAAACCCUACCAAUGUUCAUUUUGUGACAAAAGAUUUCAUUAUCAGAGUCAUGUUAUACGACAUGAGCGUAUACACUCUGGAGAUAAGCCUUACAAUUGUGACGUAUGCCAAAGAAGUUUUUGUCAACGUAGUUCAUUAAAAACACAUAAGGAAAAACAUCGUAUAAAUAAAGAUUCAAAAAAAAAUGAAAAUGACAAAAACGAUCCAGAAUAAUUUUCUACUUAAGUUUUUCUUAUAUAGGUAAAUUAAACGUAAGAUUAAAUAAAUAAAUUGGGUGAUAAAUGGGAUUAUUAAUAAAUAUUGUAAAAUAUAUAGAGUAUUUUUGAUCAGAUCAAAAUUGAUUCUUAAAAAAAAUAAAUAUAUUUUCAUUUUUUA